AUGGCGCCGGCAACAGAUGAACUCUCUGCACCUGGUGCAGUGAGUUAUGAUUCGGAGACCAUGGUUGUAGGGGAUGGAACAUGGGACUUUGACAAGAAUACCUUUCUACUGCCCAAUCUUCAGGGCCUCAAUUACGAAACCAUGCGAUACAAUGGCAUGGGAAACAGAUUUUCCACGGUUAAACAAUACCACAGCCUCGUUCUAGCCCACGCCAUCAUGGCCGUGAUAAUAUUCCUCUUCCUCAUCCCCUUCUCCGUCAUGACGGCAAGAUUCUACGCCAACCGUCCUGGCUGGGCCGUCAAAUACCAUGCCCAGGUUAACAUCUUUGCCGGAUUGAUGUUGAUAGCCGUCUUCGUUCUCGGAUAUUUUGCCGUGGGACCCGAGAGAAGCCUUACAAACCCUCAUCAUGGAAUCGGUGUCGCCAUAUUUACCCUCUUCCUCCUCCAACUUUUUGGGGGACGUCUAGUACUCAGGAUCACCAAGUCCCGAUCGCUCCGCAUCAUGCUCCACCAAUGGUUCGGCAGGGUGAUUGCCCUUUUGGGUAUUGCCCAGGUCCCACUGGGUCUCACCCUGUACGGCUCACCUCUAUACUGUUUCAUUCUCUACGCUGUCUGGAUGUUCUUCCUCCUCAUCUUCUACUUUAUCCUGAGUUGGAGAUCAGCAGAUCGACGGGAGUAUUACAUGAGUGGAGCGCGGUCGGAGGUGCCUCCCUCUGAGGAUACACGCACACGAAUCACCGAGUCUGAGUAUUUCUCCGACUAUAGGACUGAUCAUACUGGUCAAACUCGUCACACUAGCAAGGCUAAAUGGUUGGGCCCUCUCGCCGCUGGGGCGGGACUUGCGGCUCUAGCUAGAGGACGAAACAAGAACAAGGACGGAGACGACCGCAGCCGAAUUCGCAGUCGAUCUCCCUCCCUCGACCGAAGCCGCGGACCUGAAGUCCUCCCGUCCCGGACUGGCUCGGCUAGCUAUCUUACCGGCAUGACAGGGGAAAAGUACUCGGAGGCUCCCACUAGGAAGGCAGAGGGAGGCGGUGGAUUCGCGAAGUUCUUGGCCAUCUUGGGUCUUGGGAAACUGUUUGCCAAAAAGGAUCGAGCUCGAGACGAAGACUAUUCCGAGUAUACGGCUGUAUCAACCGAAACCCCACGGCGGCAUCGUUCAAGCCGGAGUGCUCCUACGAUGACGGACUACACAAGGACUGAGUUUACGAGAACCGAUCUUAGCAGGACCGACUUCACCAGCACAGUCACACCGGAACACAGGAGGGAACCAGAUAUCACCAAAACUUCACUUAUCCCACCCUCUGGAAGCCGUCGCCCACCGCCCGUCAUGUCCCAACUUAGGAGCGCGGCUGACGGAACUGAAUCCAUGAUGAGCUCUCCCCCUCCGUCAGUAACGCCACGAGCAGCACGUCGCCCACCACCUUCUCGGCGUAGCGUCUUCGAAGAAUCGGAUUAUUCAUCUUAUGUGAGCCCGUCUCGGCGGCCACAACCUGAGAAACCAAGUGGUGGAUUUGCUAAGGGACUAUUUGGUGGAUUCGGUAUGGGCUGGUUUGCCAAGAAGAUGGCAGACAGGAGAAACGCAAAGGAGGAAGAGCGCCUCAGGGACGAAGAGGACUUGAGGUCAGGUACCUCGCUGUCUAGGUUUACUGGAGACGGGCACCCCUCUCCCACGAGGAGGCCAUCUCGCCGACCUGUUCAAAGGCGACAGACGGGCUACCCUGCUGCAGAGACAGUGUUGUCAACUGAGAUGACCGAGUCGACCAUUGAACCCCGGCCUCCUCGUGGCAAUUACAUCCCUCCUACGGAAAUGAGCACGCUACCACCCGAAACUCUUCCAGCGGCAAGUGGUCAGGGAGCAUCUCGGUCGAGACAAGACAUCGAGCCUGCCUCUAUGCCAUCGAUGCCACCGGAUCCUCAGGGUAUUCUUGCACCUGCACUGGCACCUACUGAGACUACUGGUUCAGGAAUAUCUCCAGGUUCUCGACCUCAUCGAUCUCGCCAGAGUAGACCAGGUGAACGGAGCACGAUCAGAUUGGCAGGCGACGACGGAGAACCCCAUGAGCGUUAUGCGUCACCAGCCAGUCUCAGUGUCAAGCUCAAGGUCCACGACGACAAGGAAAGGAACGUGACUCUUCGACGGCUCACAGAGGAAGAAGCGAAACGCGCUCGCGGCCGCAGAGACUCUGAGAGCAGCAUCUCCGGACUGGAAUCUCCUACUCAUGGACGGCGACGAUACAGACGAGACUCGAGUCAACGGCGGGCCGAGAUGGGAGCGGAAGAGGCUCCUCUAUCUCCCCCUAACCCGUCCUUUGCCAAGCAACGACGACCCAAGGACUCGGCCUACUACUCUGGACAGCCGGCGCAAGCUGGGCCAUCUGGAAUGACACCGUUUGGAGGCCAGACAGUCUCGAGUCUGGGAAGUAUGGGAGGUCCGGAGAGCCACGGCACAUGGAGUGGUCUAUCUCCAUCCCCUCCUAUAGCAUCUGGACCAACUGCACCUCCCGGGCCACCAACCGACGCUGGAUCUGCAGCGGACAAUCGACGUCGACGACGACAAGAAAGGAGACGAGCCAGUGGAGCUGGUGACAUUCCUCCGACCACCAAUGUUGACAUGAAGCUCCACCACGCAAAGUCUCUCAGGGCAUUUACUUGCAUGUCCCUCACAGUCGAGGCCACGUCCAACACCUUCUUCUCUCAACCUCCACUCCAACUUGCGCCGCGUGGGCAACCCAAUGGCCCCUACGACGGUUUCGGUUCGAUUGCCAUUGUGACCCUGAUUCCGAAGAAAGAGACGUCCAAGAUGCCCCCGAAGAGCCCCAAACCAAAGGCCAAGGCCAAGCAGCAACCCCAGUCCGAGCACCAAAAGAUCGCCGAACAAUGGGCCAAGGCUGAACGUGCCCGCGAAGCACAGCGCGCAGCCGCUGCCACCGCCACCCAGGGCCUUCCUCCCGCCGACGAGAAUGUCGAGGCUCUCGAGCGACGACGCGCAGCUCUGGAUAAGAGGCGAUCCAAGAAGUACGAGAAGCGUUGGCGAUGGGCUGUAGCCUUUUGGGUCUGGGUACUCGCCGUCCACGCCCUGGGCAUCUGGCUCUUCACCAGCGGCUUCCUCCUUACCCGGAUGGUGCUGGAGGAAAAGUCAAACUGCACGCUGCCUCCAAUUGAAAACACAAAGGGCUACUUGAGCGUCGACCGCGGCUGCUGGCACCCCAAGUCUUUUGAUCGAGCUGUUGUCAUCCUGGUUGACGCGCUUCGCUACGACUUUACGGUUCCCGAGGAUCCGGAGCAGGCCCACCACUUCCACAAUGCCUUCCCCUAUCUCUACGAGACCGCCUCCAAGUCGCCUCAGAAUGCCUUUCUUCGCCCCUUCAUCGCCGAUCCUCCCACGACGACGCUGCAGAGGCUCAAGGGUCUCACCACCGGAACCCUGCCGACCUUCCUUGACGCCGGUAGCAACUUUGCGGGAACGGCCAUCGAGGAGGAUAACUUGUUGAUGCAGCUGAGGGAUGCUGGCAAGAAGAUUGCCCAUCUUGGCGAUGACACGUGGUGGUCUCUUUUCCCUGGGUACUUUGAGCCCAACAUCAGCAAAGCAUACGACAGCUUCAACGUCUGGGAUCUUCACACCGUUGACAAUGGUGUGAUUGACAACAUCUUCCCUUUGCUGGACUCGAAGCGUAAGGGUGAUUGGGAUCUGCUUAUUGGACACUGCUUGGGUGUUGAUCAUGCCGGUCAUCGAUACGGACCUGAUCAUCCCGCCAUGGGCGCCAAACUUCGACAGAUGGACGAGUUUGUCCGCAAGGUUGUUGAGACCCUAGACGACAAGACACUCCUUGUCGUUAUGGGAGAUCACGGCAUGGACAGCAAGGGCGAUCACGGUGGUGAGAGCGACGAUGAAGUUGAGGCUGCGCUGUGGAUGUACUCGAAGAAGCCCUUCUUCGGUAGAACUUCACCCGAGUACGCCACACCUCCAGCCAACGCCAAGAUCCGACCCGUGAACCAGAUUGAUCUCGUGCCGACUCUUGCUCUGCUUCUGGGAAUCCCUAUUCCUUACAACAACCUGGGAGGCCCCAUCGAGGAGGCUUUUGCUGGUGUCAAGGGUAACGACUGGCGCAACCUUGCCGCCGUGUCGCGUGUCGCUUCGGCUGGUAUUGAGAGAUACCAAGAAUCUUACCACAAGGCCCAGGGCAUUUCACAGAGCAACGAGGCUGGGUCGCCCGCCGCUCUCUGGUCUUCUGCUCUCGAAAUUGUCAAGAAUGACCGCGACAUCUAUACCGCCUUCUCCAAGUUCCAGGAGGGAACUCUGCUGGUCUGCAAGGAUCUCUGGGCUCGCUUCGAUGUCCCUCGCAUGAUCAUGGGCAUUAUUGUAUUUGGUGUCGGUGUUGUCCUGCUUCUUAUGUAUUCAUCUCGAGAUGAAGCAGACGACUAUGUUGUCCUGAACGAUGCUGAGCUUGAUUACGCUGAGAAGAAGCUGGAGCUUCUGGCCUUCAAGGAGAACGAGGAGGACCAAGCCGAGGUCUUUCAUAGGAACAUUCUCAAGGGCCUCUGGGAUCCCAAGAUUCUCUUCACUGUUUCUGUUCUCACCGGAGUCGGCCUGUAUCGUCAGCAGCCAAGGGAUGGCCUUGCUGCUCUAGUGGCAGUGCUGUUCAUGGCUGGCGUCGGAUCGUCUCUCCAUGAAGUGGGCAAGACUAUCCUGAACGUUCUUCCAACGUCCUUCUGGGGUUGGAUGGCUGUUGUUUUUACCGUCAGCCAGUCGAUCGGGUUCGCGUCCAACUCUUACACUAUCUGGGAAGACUCCAUCCUCCUCUUCUUCAUCACCACGUUCGGUGUGGCCAGUGCUGUUGCUGGACUCCGAAUCGAGUCUCGUCGCGACAAGACCCUGGCGGUCUACCACUCAGUCGCUUUCAUUGUUCUUGGUCGUCUUGCGUCAUACUCCAAGCUCUGCCGCGAGGAGCAGAUGCCGUACUGUACCUCGACCUACUAUGCCUCGUCAACUUCGUCCACUUCUGCGACGUGGCAGCUCAUCAUUCCUUUUGUUGUCUUUAUUGCCCUUCCGGCCAUCAUCAAGUCGUUCCUCGUCUCAAGCAGAUCCUAUGAGGGUCUCGCACCCACCUGGAUCGGCUAUGUCCUUCGUGGAGGUCUUUUCCUUGCUGCUGCCCACUGGGUUCUUGACGCCGCAGACAAUGGAGGCUGGCUUGAAGGAAGACUCCCUGAGGGAACCCCCAAGACGAUUGGAGUCUAUGUGGCUCAGAUGGUGCUCGCUCUGGCCUUUGUUGCGGGAAGCACCGCUUUUGUCUGGGCGCCUCCUUGCGUGUCUAUCCUGUCUUCAGCCGGAGCUAACGGCCGGCCUCUUGUGAGCAUUCUUGGAUAUGGCAACGCUAUUGGCGCUCGCUAUCUGUUGCUCCCCCUCAACUUUCUCUUGGGCUGCUUCCUCCUUACCAAGCCCAUGGGUGGCGGUGCCCUUGCUCUCAUGUUCUGGCAGAUCCUCACGCUGGCCGAGCUGCUGGACCUCAACGAGCUCAAGACGAACCCGAUCGGACCCGUCAUGCUCGCCGUUCUUGGAAACUUUUACUUCUUCAAGACGGGUCACCAGGCGGUUCUUUCCAGCAUCCAGUGGGACAGUGCCUUUAUUCCGCUCUUUUCUGUUCGUUACCCCUGGACACCCAUUGUCCUGGCUCUCAACACGUUUGGCGCUCAGAUCCUAGCUGUGGCGUCGGUACCUCUUCUCGCUCUUUGGAAGGUUGGCCCUAAGCAGAGGGGAGUGCUGGAGACGGCGACUCGCGGACUGGGUGUGUUUAUCGCUUACUUUGCCGUUGAAGCCCUUGCUACCAUGAGCUGGGCUGGCUGGUUGCGCCGCCACCUGAUGCUCUACCGCGUGUUCAACCCUCGAUUCAUCUUUGCGGGCGUGACGCUCCUGGUGCUUGACCUUGUGGCUAUUCUGGUCACCUUGACAGGUCUGCGCAGCAAUACCCUUGCCCUGAGUGAGGUGUUUGGAUGGGCCGAGUAG